AGGAGAGAAGAGGCGCUGGCUACUGUUUAUAGUUUACUGUAAACUGUGUUUACGUUGUGUCGUGUGGCGUGUUCAGUGAGGUAAGGGAAACUCGUCCCCAUCGAAGAGCUUACUUGACCUCGCACCACGGAAUCGUUCCCUACUAAUUCAACUCAACAACACUAUCGUCUCCAUUCACUAGUUAGAAACGUGCGUUCCAAUGUCUGAUCCUGCCGAAGAGGCUGCUUUCAUCGAGAAGCUCUACGAAUACGGCGAGCAACUCAACAAUGCCAAGGACAAGUCGCAGAAUGUGCAGGAUUACCAGGGAAUCAUAGAUGCGGCGAAGACGAGUGUGAAGGCGAAGCAGCUCGCUGCACAGCUGAUUCCCAGGUUCUACAAGUUCUUUCCUGACCUUUCUAGCCCUGCUCUCGAUGCACAUCUUGAUUUGGUUGAGGCUGAAGAACUCGGGGUUCGAGUGCAAGCAAUUAGAGGUCUGCCUCUUUUUUGUAAGGAUACACCUGAGAAUAUUGGGAAGAUGGUUGAUAUUCUUGUGCAAAUUCUUGGGUCUGAGGAAUUUGUGGAGCGUGAUGCAGUACAUAAGGCUCUUAUGUCUUUGCUGAGGCAGGAUGUCAAAGCUUCUUUGACGGCUUUGUUUAAGCACAUUGGCAGUGUUGAAGAGCCAAGCACGGAUGAUGUUAUUCGUGAGAAAGUUAUAAACUUUGUUCGAGAUAAGGUUUUCCCUAUCAAAGCUGAAUUGUUGAAACCACAGGAGGAAAUGGAAAGACACAUAACUGAUCUCAUUAAAAAGAGUUUAGAAGAUGUUACUGGCAUAGAAUUUCGAAUGUUUAUGGAUUUUCUGAAGAGUUUGAGCCUAUUUGGAGAAAAGGCUCCGGCUGAGCGGAUGAAAGAGCUUAUUGGAAUCAUUGAAGGGCAAGCUGAUUUAGAUGCACAGUUCAAUGUAUCAGAUGCAGAUCAUAUUGACCGGUUGAUAUCUUGCCUUCACAUGGCACUUCCAUUUGUUGUGAGGGGUGCAUCAAGCAACAAAUUUCUCAACUAUAUAAACAAAUAUAUAAUAUCUGUUUUUGACCAGCUUCCUGGAGAACGGAAGGUAGAUUUACUCAGAAGCCUUGCAGAAUUUUCACCUUAUACAACACCACAAGACUCACGCCAAAUGCUUCCUUCUAUUGUUCAGUUGCUGAAGAAAUACAUGACUUGGAAGAAGACUGGAGAAGAGAUGAAUUUUACCUAUGUUGAGUGCUUGUUGUACACAUUUCAUCACUUAGCUCAUAAGGUUCCUAAUGCGACAAAUAGUUUAUGUGGAUAUAAAAUUGUUACUGGCCAGCCAUCUGAUAGGCUUGGAGAGGACUUUUCAGAGCAUUAUAAUGAUUUUACUGAGAGAUUGAAUAAUGUUGAGGAGUUCACCCGGGCUACAAUCAAGAAAUUAACUCAAGGAAUGGAUGAAAACAACAAAUCUAUGGCAGGUGCUAAAACUGAUGAAGAAAAGGAAAAAAUUAAAACUAAAAAGCAGAAUGCUACAACUGGGUUGCGGACUUGCAAUAACAUUUUGACAAUGACAAAGCCAUUGCACGCCAAAGUGCCUUCUUUUAUUGGAGAUAAGAGAAUCAAUCUCUCUUGGAAAGAAGCAACAAAAGCAGCAUCUACUGCACCAGCUGCUGGAGCAAAACGGCCUGCUAAUGCUGCCAAUGGGUCCAACAAUAUUGCAUCAAAGAAAGGUCGAGGUGCUGGUGGUUUGCAAAAUCAACUAGUCAAUAGAGCGCUGGAAGGAUUAUCUGGUGGUGGGAGAGGAGGUAUGAGGGGCAGAGGCCGGGGCUGGGGUGGUCGUGGAAGAGGAAGAGGAGGAGGGUAUCGGUAACUUUGUUGCAGAUGUGAUGUAGAAAACAUCAGACUUCACCAGACUGUACCAGAAUACAAAUAGGACCUGUUAAUGUAUUACAAUUCUUUGUCAGUGGAAGUUUUGACUUUUUGAUUAUAGCGGAUGAUGAAAUUUUAAUUUAGUCGUACUUUUUACUAAGGUUGUUCAUGUAGAAUGCUGAGUUAUUGAUCAUUUUCCAAUCCAUUUGUUGCAAGCAGCAGAUGGGACUAGCUGACGGAACUUAUGUUCGUUGGUAUGUAUGCAUGUAAUUUUAAUGACGAGUGCAUUUUAAUGGAAAUGGAAGACCGUAUCUCGUACUGGGAUGUUACCCGUUUCAGGCAAUAUGAAAUUAAAUGGUUAA